ACUCACUUCCUUACUCGCACAUCAUUUGUGGUGGCGCGUACGCUUUAUAAUUUGAUCCAACUUGGACCACGACAGCCAGUACCAUUUCCAGUCACUUCGCGACAAGUUGAUCGGCUGAGAUAGCUCCGGAUGUGUCAAUUGCUGUAAUCGUCCAUUAAGUUACCGCAUUCAAAAAACAUCGCUCUAAAUAAUUGAUUGGCAACAGCAGAACAAUGGGACCUUUUGAAAUACUAUGCGGUAUUGCGGCUAUAUUUCUCGCAGCUUAUUAUUAUUUUACAUCAAACUACGAUUUUUGGAAGUCACGUGGUAUUCGCGGUCCAAAACCGAUACCAGUUUUUGGUAAUUUUAAAGACGUUAUGCUUAAUAAAAAGUUCGCAGGAGAUUAUUUAAUGGAAAUAUACAAUGAGUAUAAAAAUGAAUCCAUGAUUGGAAUAUUCACAAGAAAAACACCUAUUUUGAUUGUAAAAGAUCCAGAUUUAAUUAAGGAUAUUCUUAUCAAAGAUUUUUCUAAGUUUGCCGAUAGAGGACUUCCUGUCAGUGAAAAAACUGAUCCACUGUCGCAACAUCUUUUCGCGUUAGAGCCCAAAAGAUGGCGACCUUUAAGGAUAAAGUUGUCGCCCGUUUUUACAUCUGGUAAGCUAAAAGAAAUGUUCUCUUUAAUAUCGGAAUGCGCCGAUCAUCUUGAACAAUAUAUUGAGAAAUUGGUGAGCAAAAACGAGCCUAUAGAAUGCCGCGAGGUAACGGCAAAAUAUACGACCGAUGUAAUCGGUACUUGUGCAUUCGGCAUCGAAAUGAAUGCUCUAUCAGACGAAGACAGUGAAUUUCGUAGGAUGGGAAGAAUGGUCUUCACGCCAACCUGGCAAAAUAUUUUACGGUUGAGAAUAAGACAAUCCCUUCCAUGGCUCUACGAAAUGCUCGGUUAUAUCCUACCACAAUCGGAGGUCAAUCAAUUUUUCACACGUGUUGUCAUAGAAACUAUGAAUUAUAGAGAAACAAAUAAUGUCAUUAGGCAUGAUUUCAUUGAUAUGCUGCGCGAGUUAAAAAAGAAUCCAGAUAAAGUGGGCGAUAUCAAGAUGACCGAAAGCUUGAUAGCUGCUCAAGCGUUCGUAUUUUUCCUUGCCGGUUUUGAAACUUCAUCGACGACUAUGAGUCAUGCGCUUUACGAAUUGGCAUUAAAUCAACAAAUACAAGAUAAGCUACGUGAGGAAAUUGAUCAAAAGUACACCAAACAUGGUAGCAAUUUAACAUAUGAAAAUGUAAAAGAGAUGAAUUACUUAGAUAAAGUUUUCAAAGAAACUUUACGAAAAUAUCCACCAGUGACAUUUCUUAUGCGACAAUCGACAUCAAGUUAUACUUUCAAUGAUACUACACUUGACAUAACAAAAAAUCAAAAAGUAUGGAUUCCGAUUUUCGCGAUUCAUCGAGAUCCAGAUAUUUAUCCAAAGCCAGAUACUUUUGAUCCAGAAAGAUUUAAUGACGAAGCAAUACAAACCAGGCAUCCGAUGCACUAUCUACCUUUUGGUGAUGGUCCAAGAAAUUGUAUUGGUGCUCGCUUUGCUGUUUAUCAGACAAAGAUUGGUCUUAUAAAGAUACUACGAAACUAUAAAGUUGAAGUUUGCGAUAAAACGCAAAUACCCUACAUAAUUGAUCCUAAAGCAUUUCUAUUAGCACCAAAGCAUGGAAUACACUUAAGAAUAAUUAAAAUUAAUCGAACUUAAUUUAAGCUUUAUUACAAUUCUUAAGAAACAAAGUUAUUACAAUUCUUAAGAAACAAAAAAUAAAAAAAUAUC